CGACGGAGUGCUCAGCGUGUGGGAAGAGGCGAGCCCUUUGAACGGAGAGCCCUGGCAGGGGCGAAGGCGGGGCGGGGGCCCCCUAACGGCCUCGGCCCGCAGAUCGCCCUGGGGUCGGUGCACGUGAUCGACGCUGGGGAGACGGCUCUGGUGGAGGGGCUGCGCGCGGCGCCCUGGGAGUGCGGCAAGGGCGUGGCUGGGAUGCUGCAGCGCCUCUGCUCGCAGCUGGUCAAGCGAAGGCACCCGGGGAUCAAGGUGGCACGACUCACCCGGGACGACCAGCUGGGGUCCCGGGAGCUGAAGCAAUAGCACCUAAUCACCAAGCAGGGCAUCCUUUUGGUCCAGCUCAACGUGUCGGCCCUGCUGGAGGGGCUGGGCGCGCGGCUGGCGGCUCUGCGGGCCUUCUCGCCGCUGCCCACGGAGGCCGUGUCGGAGGCUGGCGGCGUCGUGGCACGCCUCCUGCUGUCGCCCUCUGUGCAGCGCGACGUGCUUCCGGGCGGGACCAUCAUCCAGGACUGGCAGCCCUACCGGCCGAGCGAGAGUAACUUGAGCCUGCUGGCGGCCAAGGGCCUGGAGUGGCGCGUGAACAGCCGCGCGCGCCCGCGCGUGCUCACGCUGUGCACGCGCCCCUUCCCCAUCCCACCUGGCGGCAACGGCACGUGGCGCUACGUCAACAUCUACACCUUCGUCAGCGAAGGCGCGCAGGUUCAGAGCCAGCUUCUGUGGCAUCUGCAGCGCCAGGCCCCGCGUCUCGUCCACCUCAACGUCAUGUGCCAGCUCUUCCUGGCGCCCCAGCUGUGGUUACAGCUGGCUGAUUUCUGCCAGGCUGGCUUGGGGCUCGAGCUGGUCAAGGGUUAUACCGAACAAUACCUGCUGGAGGCCGACAUCUAA